ACGCCAUGCAGCUCCCGGAGAACACCACCACGCGCGGCCCGCUGGCCCAAGUGUCUAUUAUCCUCCCCGUGCACAAUGCUGAACAGUGGUUGGAUGAGUGCUUGAGGUCUGUUUUACAACAAGACUUUGAAGGCACCAUGGAGCUCUCAGUUUUCAAUGAUGCCAGCAAGGACAAGUCUAGGAACAUCAUUGAAAAAUGGAAGGUGAAACUGGAAGAUUCUGGCAUCUCCGUAGUCAUUGGCGGCCAUGACUCCCCUUCUCCCAGAGGAGUUGGAUAUUCUAAAAACCAAGCAAUUGCGCAGAGCACAGGGUCUUACCUUUGCUUUUUGGAUUCAGAUGAUGUUAUGAUGCCCCAGAGAGUAAGGCUACAAUAUGAAGCUGCUGUUCAGCACCCAACGAGUAUCAUAGGAUGCCAAGUGAGGAGAGACCCUCCAGACUCUACAGAGAGAUACACACGUUGGAUCAACCAGUUGACUUAUGGUCAGCUGCAGACACAGGUGUUCACCUCCCAUGGCCCCACGGUGAUCAUGCCCACCUGGUUCUGCUCUCGAGCUUGGUUUUCCCACGUGGGCCCAUUUGAUGAAGGAGGACGGGGGGUUCCGGAGGAUCUGCUGUUCUUCUACGAACACCUCAGGAAAGGGGGCGGAAUCUUCCGGGUGGACCACAGCCUGCUCCUCUACCGAUACCACCCGUACGCAGCCACGCACUCGGUCCUUGAGAUGACCAUCUGGACCCAUCGUGUCCGCUUCCUAGAGGAACAAGUCCUGCCUCACUGGGAGUCCUUCACCAUUUGGAAUGCUGGCAAGCAGGGCCGUAAGUUAUACCGCAGCCUGACCGCGGCCAGCCGGAGCAAGGUGGUGGCCUUCUGUGACGUUGACGAGAACAAGAUCAGGAAGGGCUUCUACUGCCAUGAGGACUCUGAGGAGAGACCCAAGCCGAAGGUCCCCAUCCUGCAUUUCCAGGCUGCCAAGUCGCCCUUUGUCAUCUGUGUGAAGCUGGACCUCACGGGGGGUGCGUUUGAAGACAACCUGAGGUCACUGCACCUGCAGGAAGGCCGAGACUUCGUUCACUUCAGCUGAGGCUGCCUCCCAGGUGGGUCUGCACUGCGGCUUCUGUCGGCUGAGCCUAAAGUCUGUCUACUUCCCUUCGUACAGAUGACUUUGAGGCAGUCACUGCGUCCUCCAUCUUCUCCCCUCACAUUUUGUGCA